AUUGGUAACAAAGCUAACCCUAAAGAUACCAGACGUCUGUUUCUCUCUCUGCUCGUUAAAAAUGGAGGCAGUUUUGCGCGUUUCCCCUUUAUUGCCCUCUACUCUCUAUCUCACAAAACCCAGAAACCCCAAACCCACUCUCCGCCGCCAUUUCUCCUUCUCCAGUGUCCGUUCCAACCCCAAACCCACCACAACCGCCGCCAAAGCCCUCCCCGGAAACUUCAUAUCCCGAUUCUCAGCAGACGAACCCAGAAAGGGAUCCGACGUCCUCGUCGAAGCCCUCGAGCGCGAAGGCGUCACCAACGUCUUCGCCUACCGGGGCGGCGCGUCGUUGGAGAUCGACCAAGCCCUCACACGUUCCAGCACCAUCCGAAACGAACAGGGUGGCAUCUUCGCUGCCGAGGGCUACGCAACCGCCUCCGGCCUCCCUGGCGUCUGCAUCGCCACUUCGGCCACCAAUUUGGUUAGCGGACUGACCAAAGCGAAGCUCAAUAGCAUCCCAAUCGUAGCUAUUGACGGACAAGUCCCCAGACGGAUGAUCGGCACCGACGGAUUUCAAAAAACCUCAACAAUUGUGGAGGUAACUGAUCACUCGAUCGCUAAGCAUAAUUAUCUUGUUUUAGAUGGAGAAGACAUUCCUAGAAUUGUGGGUGAAGCUUUCUUUAUUGCAUCUACGUGCCGACCAGGCCCUGUGUUAAUUAAUUUUCCUAAGGAUAUACAGCAACAAAUGGUUGUUCCGAAUUGGGAUCAACCCAUUAAAUUACCUAAUUACAUGCUUAAAUUGCCAAAACCACCCAAUGAGCCCCAAUUGGAACAGAUUGUUAGGUUGAUAUCUGAGUCAAAGAGGCCUGUUUUGUAUGUGGGUGGUGGGUGUUUGGAUUCAAGUGAGGAGUUGAGGCAAUUUGUGGAGCUUACCGGGAUUCCGGUGACAUGUAGUUUGAUGGGUGUCGGGGCGUACCCGUGUUCUGAUGAGCUUUCCCUACAAAUGGUUGGAAUGCACGGUACUGUUUAUGCUAAUUAUGGUGUAGAUAAAAGUGAUUUGUUGCUUGCCCUUGGGGUAAGUUUUGAUGACCGUGCAAUCGGAAAGCUUGAAACUUUUGCUAGCCAGGCUAAAAUUGUUCAUAUUGAAAUAGAUUCAGUUGAGAUAGGGAAGAAUAAGAAAGCUCAUUGGCCGGUUUGGGCAGAUGUGAAGUUAGCUCUGGACGGUAUGAAUAAGAUAUUAGAGAGAAAAGGAGGUGAGGGUAAACUGGAUUUUUCAGCUUGGAGGCAGGAGCUAAAGGUGCAGAAAAUUAGAAACCCAUUGAGUUUCAAGACUUUUGAAGAAGCUAUUUCUCCUCAGUAUGCAAUUCUGGUUCUUGGUGAGUUGACCAAGGGGAAUGCCAUUAUAAGUACUGGUGGUUCUGAGCAGCAUGAAAUGUGGGCUGCGCAUUUUUACAAGUUUAAUGGGCCUCGGCAGUGGCUGACAUCAGGUGGGUUGGGGUUUAUGGGUUUUGGUUUGCCUGCUGCAAUCGGAGCCACUGUUGCAAGACCUGAUGCUGCUGUUGUGUGCAUUGAUGGUGAGAGAGGUUUCCUGAUGAAUGUCCAAGAGUUGGGGACAAUCAGUAGGGAGGAUCUUCCGGUAAAGAUAAUGGUGCUGAGUACGGUUCCUCAUCUUGAUGAUCCGGUGAAGCAUGCAGAAGAAUGGGAUAUACCUGCUGCCCGUGUGACCAAGAUGGAAGAUGUUAGAGCUGCAAUUCAGAAAAUGUUGGAUACCCCUGGUCCCUACUUGCUGGAUGUAGUUGGACCAUAUGAGUGGUGUGGAACCCUGAAAGAUGUGGUUACCCAAGGUAAUGGGACAUUCACAUAUUGAUAUUGACCUUUUGUAUUUUUCAGCUUUACAUAGUUCUAAGUGUCGUAGGUAGGAAUGGCUUGACCUGUUGUAUUUUCAGCUUUACAUGGUUCGUUAUUGGGGGUGGGGUAUAAUUAUUUAUUUCAUGCACUGUUUGCAAUAAUGAGCUUUUUUGUUACGAAUAUGAAGUUCGAUCUAUUUGUUUGUAAUGUUACAAAGAUUACUUGCUUUGCUUUAAUGAUGAAUUACGGUGGUGGCCCCGUGUUAUCAGGGUUUGGAUUGAUGAAAGUUGCCACAUAGUAAAGGGGUAUGACUUCUCCUUU